AUGCGGGAGAACAACAGCGGUACCGACGGCAGCGGCGGAGACGAUCGCACGACUUCGUCGUCGUUCACUGUCAUCGACGACGACGACGACCACCAUCAACACGACCACCGCAGCCGUCGCCGUCACCGCGAUCACCAUGGUCAUCGAGAUCGCAAAGAUCGCCAAGAUCACCGGGAUCACCGGGAUCAGCACCCACGCGACCGGGACCCGCGACACUUUGCCCGGUCCCUGGACUCGAAGCUCAAAAAGCUGCAGCAGCGGCAUCCCGGCGACGGCGUCAAGCAGCACUCGUCCAGGAAACCUGUUUUCGUGACCACAGUGAAAACGGGCAUUUUCCUGGACCCGCCGCCCGACCUGGCCGCCCUGCUCGGGCUCGACGACCGUUCGUCUCAGUCCGGCGUCGACUCGGACCGAUACUACUCGUACUCGAGCAAGCCGCGUGUACUCCACGACAGGCAACACCAACGGUGCACCACCUCUUACUCUUGUCGGAAAACCGACGGGCAACCCGAUAUGUGCAAACAAAUGGGUUACACGAACAUCAUGCACGACAAACGGGUGGUCAGAGGCAGUAAUUUUGCGAAAAAAUCGUUCCGUCCAAAGUGGAACCCAUAUUUUGGCUAUGCUAAACAAUUGUCGUCGGAGAUGGGUAAAGAGUCACCCGCGGCACGGGAAGCGGAAGCUCGUCGACGGGCCAUGGCCAGGAAAAAAGCCAUAGACUAUCAGACCAGGGCUAUGCGAUUACACCUGGGAGCGCCGAAACUUCCCAGAGGCCGACAGAACGUGGACAUCCAAACCGAUGUACAUCUAGAAGAAUUGUACGAUUAUCCAGUAUCGCAGACGUUCGGGGCCCAGACUGAAUUCGAUCAAGAGAUGUUCUCGAAUCCGGGGACUGGGACGUCCGCUGGCACCGACGCGUCUACCCAAGUAGACGACAAAGAUUUAUUCGACUUCGACACCGAGGUAACGCCGAUAGCUGAGGCUCUAAUAUCCGACGCCUUCAGAACAGCCAUGCAAGAAGUACUCUACGAAGACGAGCUGGAGACGAGGGCCCGGCAACAAAGGGCGCUGUGCAUGAAGCGCAAAGUCGAGGAGAUCGAAAUGAAAAGACUGCAGUACCAAGACGAAAGGCUGAAACAAGUUAUCGCUGAACAUACUAAAAUGUUCGACGAAGGCGAUGAAAGAGAAAAACAACGAAUCUCCUCGAUGUUGACUUCGGGCCGUGUGACUGAUUUGUUGCCCGAAGUACUUGACGAUCUGAGUCAAAAAGGACUCACAACCACGACUGCAAAUACAUUAGGAAGUCCGGAAUUCGUGGCAUGGCUGACGGAAGAAGUGCAAGCUGAUAAAACGAAACACACCGAGAGUGACGAAAUUUUGAAAAGUAUGAUCCACGAUCUAAUAAGUCGUCGUUUGGAUUCGUACAACGAAACUAUUGACGUGAAGGAUAUUGAACGACCCGAAGAACUAUUUAAAGAAAUCGAAUCUAUAACAUUAGAAUCUGACAAAAAAAUUGAAUCGGAUAGCUCGACAACAACUGCUAAGGAUAGCUAG